AUGCUGCCCACCGCACAACACUCGCCGGGGACUUCACCGGCGGCGUCCCCCCGCAAUUCCCCCCGCAAUUCCCCCGUCCUCUUCAGGAAACUCUUGAUGAACCAGAGCAUCCGCCUGCAGCGGCGCUUCACCGUGGCGCAUCCCCUCUGCUUUGACCUGGAGAAUGGCCCCCCCGGCCGGGGCACGCUGGACCCCCAGGCCAGCCCGGGUGCAGGGCUGGUCCUGCAAGGCACCUUCCCCCAUGGCCAGCGCCGCGAGUCCUUCCUUUACCGCUCCGACAGCGACUACGACUUGUCCCCGAAAGCCAUGUCCCGCAACUCCUCCAUCGCCAGCGACCUGCAUGGAGAAGACAUGAUCGUCACGCCGUUUGCCCAGGUCCUGGCCAGCCUCCGCACCGUCCGGAGCAACCUGACCCACCUCCAGGACCGCACCGGCAACAAGCGAGCGUCGAGCAGCAGCCUGCCCUCCGGGAGCAAGGCCAGCCUCGCUGAAGAUGCCCAUCAGAAGCUUUCGCGGGAGACUCUGGAGGAGCUGGACUGGUGCCUGGACCAGCUGGAGACGUUGCAGACCAGGCACUCGGUCAGCGAGAUGGCCUCUAACAAGUUCAGAAGGAUGCUGAACCGGGAGCUGACACACCUCUCGGAGACCAGCCGCUCCGGGAACCAAGUCUCCGAGUACAUCUCCAGCACUUUCCUGGACAAGCAGCAUGAGGUGGAGAUCCCCUCGGCGCUGGCCAAGGACAAGGAGAAGGAGCGGAGGAAGCGCCCCAUGUCCCAGAUCAGCGGCGUCAGGAAGCUCACGCACGGCUCCAGCCUUGCCGCUGCCGGCAUCCCCCGUUUUGGGGUGCGGACGGACCAGGAGGGGUUGCUGGCCAAGGAGCUGGAGGACACCAACAAGUGGGGGCUCAAUGUGUUUAAAGUCGCCGAGUACUCGGGCAACCGCCCGCUGACGGUCAUCAUGUACAGCAUCUUCCAGGAGCGUGACCUGAUGAAGACCUUCCGCAUCCCUGUCAACACCUUCAUCACCUACAUGCUGACUCUGGAGGACCACUACCACGCUGACGUGGCCUACCACAACAACAUCCACGCUGCUGACGUGGCUCAGUCCACCCAUGUCCUCCUCUCCACGCCUGCGCUGGAGGCUGUCUUCACAGACCUGGAGAUCAUGGCUGCCAUCUUCGCCAGCGCCAUCCAUGAUGUUGACCACCCUGGUGUCUCCAACCAGUUCCUCAUCAACACCAACUCGGAGCUGGCGCUGAUGUACAACGACGCCUCAGUGCUGGAGAACCACCAUCUGGCCGUGGGCUUCAAGCUUCUUCAGGAGGAGAACUGCGACAUCUUCCAAAACCUGAGCAAGAAGCAGAGGCAGUCACUCCGCAAAAUGGUCAUUGACAUGGUGCUGGCCACGGACAUGUCCAAGCACAUGAAUCUACUGGCGGAUUUGAAAACCAUGGUGGAGACCAAGAAGGUGACCAGCCUAGGGGUGCUGCUGCUGGACAACUACUCGGACCGGAUCCAGGUCCUGCAGAACAUGGUGCACUGCGCCGACCUCAGCAACCCCACGAAGCCGCUGGAGUUGUACCGGCAAUGGACUGACCGCAUCAUGGUGGAGUUCUUCCGCCAAGGCGAUCGGGAACGGGAGAAGGGGAUGGAGAUUAGCCCCAUGUGCGACAAGCACACCGCCUCCGUGGAGAAGUCCCAGGUGGGCUUCAUCGACUUCAUCGCCCACCCGCUGUGGGAGACGUGGGCCGACCUGGUGCACCCCGAUGCCCAGGAGAUCCUGGACACGCUGGAGGACAACCGGGAAUGGUACCAGAGCAUGAUCCCGCGCAGCCCAUCCCCACCGCCCGAGGGACCUGGAGUGUCCCCCGCCACCACCGACAAGUUCCAGUUCGAGCUGACGCUGGAGGAGGAGGGUGAGUCGGACACAGAGCUGGAAGGGGCCGAAAGCCCCUUGGAUGAGGACAACAGCGGCUCCAAGACACCAGCCACAGACGACUCGGAGUUGGCCGACACCGAGCAUCUGUCACCCGGCCCCGGGGACCAAGAUUCACCUGUCACCCACCCCAGGGACGUGGACAACCGGCAGGCGCUGGAGGGGACGCUGCCGAAGGAUGGCGGUGGUGGCGGGUGCUCGGUGCUGGGGCCUGAGGGCAGCCAGGGCCUGUGCUUGGACACAGAGGGCAACGUCACAUUCCUGCCCCUGAGCACGUAGCAGCACUGGCCGGUGGGUCCCCUCGCUGCCAUGGGGACGUGGGACUGGGCGCUGCCCUGGCAAGAGCUGGGGGCAGUGGGCUGGCAGUGGAGAGCACCGGCACCGCAGGGACCGGGGUGGCCGCCAGGACAUGGAAGAAUCCUAAGCGUGUCCCCAUGCAGGAGCUGGGCAGGUCCUGAUGGGCACAAGGAUGCUGCUUGCCCUCUCCCAGCAACUGUCCCCUGCUCCCAU